AUGGUUGGUCAGGCCAAUCAAUCCGGAGCCAGAGGGCAAAGCGUGUUUUUACACGCUGGAACAGGCAACUACGGUUUUGAAAAUGAGGGAUAUUCGCCUGAGAUGAGCGCUCAGGGUGACGGGUUAGCACAGGACGACUUUCACAAGUCGAAAUUUGCGCUCCAAGCAUGGAAGGCAUCCACAGCCAAGUCCGCUGUGACCUCAACGAAGCAGCUUGGAACGGUUCCGGACGCUGAGCCGGGCAACCGAGAGGAGCAGGUCAGGCUCCUCCGGUCAGCUAUUCUUAAAUCUCGCGCGACUGUGGCGAGCAGAUGGAGAGGAAAUGCCUCCGUACCCGGCGCCGUUACAGGCUCCGCGGCGAAUUCCGAGGCAGGGCACCUGUCUGAGCCCAGCGAUGCGAGCGAAGAGGGUAGCCCUGCUCUGGAUCGUGAGCAGCUGGAACCUGACGCGGAGAUGGACAAUCAGGAGCUCAGGAUUUCGAGUUCACGGAAAUCUCGGGUUUUUGAUUCGGAAGAACGCGAUGAACCGUCGUCCAGCGCUGUCCGCGCGUCCGGUCGCCCGGCGCAGAGUGCGCGGGUGCCCGUGGCUGAGGAGACUCCAGCGUCUCCUGUCAGGACGACUCCGAAAAAGGGAGGUUGGAUCGCGAAGGGGCAAGCUAAAAGAGCUCAAAUGGCAGCUGCGAAAACCACACCGCAGCAACCGUUGGUGUUGAAAGUGACAAGGCGGAAAGCGAUUCCGGCAGCGGCGAAGAGAGCUGUUUUAAAGAGGGUGGCUUUCCCGAACCAACCAAAAAAAAGUCCGCCACCUGUGGUGGAAGAAGAGAAGAACGAACCGGAACCAGAGACAAUUUCGUUAAAGCGAAGCGACACUUGGGGGUUGCUUACGCAGGAGAUCUCUCCUUUUCGCACUCCGUCCUUCCUCCACGGUUUUUCCAGCGAGAGUGUCGGAAACGCAGAUGAGCUGAAUCUUACGGGAUCGAACAUUUUCCCGUUCUUUUCUGGCUCCGUGUCAUCGUCGGGCAACAGUGUUUCGGCGGAUCCGCCCCGAGCGGUUAGAGAUUCUUGUGCUGGGUCAGCAUACAUGUAUCAGUCUUUGCCGGCAGGUGCCCGCCUGCCGGUGUCUUCCUCAGUAUCCCCGUUUUCGUCUUCCGCGUCUGGGUCUUUUAGGAGUGCGUCUGGGUUUGUGAAACCGCCCAAGGAGCGUCAAGACGGGCAAAUGCUGGAAGGAGACGCAGAAGAAGUAGAAGAAUCAGAUGACGCCGAAUCAGUAGAAGGAGCAGAUGACGCAGCUGACGCAGAAUCAGUCGAAGAAGCAGGCGACGCAGAAGAAUUACAAGCAGAAAGUGCAGUAGAAUCGCUAGAUGACGGGGAAGAAGUUCCGUUUUCAAGCGCUGCGGAGUACUCCGGUAAUCUCCGGCUUCCGUCUGUAUUAGCAGAGUCGCCGGAGUGCUCAGCAUCUACACGGGUGGGGUCGCUGGGUGAGGAGGGUGCAUCCCGGAAACCCUCGGCCCAGCGUCGUGCUCGAGCGCCAAAGAAGCAACCGAAGAAAAAAAAACGUGAGCCGCUCCCUGUGGAUGGCUCCGUUGAGCCAUUCGUUGAAGAACUCGCGGCAGUGGAAGAUUUUGAUAGAGAAACCAUGUUGGACGACGCCUUUGAACUCGAUGCAGACGACAAAGGCCUCUCCCCAGCGGUUGAGAGGCUCCGGCAGGAACGUAUUGCGCUCGCACGUUGGGUUUGCCGGCUCAAGGGAACGGGUACUGCUAUGCAGCGCAAAGGCAUGCGGCUCGAGAAGUAUCUGAAGCCUCACCAGGGCCCUGUCGACCUCGACGUCAGGCUGGCAGGCAACUAUCCGCCAGUCGCCUUCGAGCCGCAGCUGACGCAUCCACUGGAUGCGCGCGGCGCCCACAUGGAAGAACUUUUACUGAACGACGCGCAGAUGCCAAGCACGAAAGUGUGGCAGUUGGAGCAGUCGAAUCGACAGCGGCUGAAGCACCUCGCUCAGCAGAGGAAACACAUCAGCAUCCUUCAAAGAGCGUUGCGAAAGUCUCAGCGCGAGGCUCGGGAGGCAGAGCGCAGAUUCCGUGGCGAUGACGAAAGCACUUCGUCGUCCGACAGCGGCGCACCCUCCCCCAGGGCGGCUGAGCGUCUCAUUCUUCAAGAACAGUGCGAAAAUCUCGUUGAACGAAUCCGGGCGGAGACGGCUCACCGUGAAUCGUACCAGCGAGCCUGGUUCCUCGAGCAGCGCCAAAAGCAACGCGUCGCCGAAAAAUACAGCGUCUUGCAACGCAGGCUCAAAGCCGCACAUACGGUCACCCGCAUGGAACAGGCGAAACAGGAGGAGAAGCAGGAGAACAUUGACGAUUUAAAAGAACGUCUUGGAAAGAGACUCGAGACUCUUCGGUGUGUCACGAAUACUAGCGAGCAGUACGAGUACGAGCUCGUAAAGUUGCAGCGGCGAUACGAGACACUGGUGAGCUACUUGCGAGAGUCGCAAGAAAAGGCGUCGUCCUACGAGGAAGGCCUUCGUGAGGUGCGAUCAAGUCUCGAGCACGAGACAGCGCUUCUUCAAAUCGAAAAAAACAAGACCCUGAACCUUGGCGAACGCCUUCGGGAACGAGAUAACGCCAUUGAGCGGAUGAAGAUGGAACUGCGGCUGGAGCAAGACAAAGUCCUUUCGCGCGAGCAAACGAUUCAAGAGCUGAGAGAUUCUCUGAACGAGAACGCCCAGCUUUUGAUGCAGGCGAGAGACGAGUUGGUGGCCGAGCAGGAGAAGCUGGACGAAGAACGCCGACGGCACGACCAGACGCUGGUACAGGCUAAGAACCUCCAGAGUGAUCUGCGUGAUUCUCAGCAGAAUGUGGAGACGUUGUUGAAGGCGAAGGCGGUCGCGGAGGAGCAGGAGGCAGCCUUGAGACAUUUGCACGAGAACUUUUUGCUUCUCCUCGAGUCGUCGCAGAAGCAAAGCGACGUCCUGGAAGAAACAGUCGACGCCGUGGCGGAUAGGAAGCACAAGGCGACGCAGCUCCUCCAGCGUGCACUCGAUGAAAUCCGGUCUGGCAUCAACCAGAAAUCGAAAGAAGAGGAACAAAUGAAGGCCGAACUCGCAGCAGCAAAUGAACGGCUCAAUGGAGCCGUUGAGGAACUCCAAGCGGAGCGCGCUUCGCAGGCCGAGUCCAUGAAUCGAGCGCAGGACAAGUAUAUGGAGGACCACGCAUCUUACCAGAAGAUCUUUGGUGAAUUGCGCGAUGAGAUUGACGAGCAGAAGGCCCGCAUUCAGUCUUUAACGGCUGACCUCGAGAAGGCGACACGCCACGAGAAGCAGCUAGAGGAAUUGACGGAGAAGAUGAAGGCGAAAAACACAGCCCUCGAGAAGAGAGUUGUGAGCAGCUUCCAGGCUCGGGGAAGAAGCGGAAAGGGCUCCAUUGUCCGUCUCAUCAAACACCUCCAGCAAGGGACAAUCAUGGAAAGGGCGAAUGUAAACAAAAAGAAAGUCAGCAAAAACCUCAUCAAGCUCACCAAAGACAUGCAGAUCGUGUGGACAAAGGAAUCGGGGGACAAACUGCCUGGUUUCAAGCAGCAGAAGACCAUUCGCCUCCAGCACAUCGUCGGCAUCGACUUCGGCACCGAUUCCGCCGCAUGUCGCUCGCGCAUGGCCACCACAUCGAAGAAGCAGCAGGAGAUUUUGCCGUGGAGAUGUUUUGAAGUCCGUACCCUCUCGAAGGCUUACCUUUUCACGGCUCCGUCCGAUGACAUCGCUGCAGCGUAA